UUACCAGUCUCACCAUGAAACCUCAGUUUCCUGUCAAGAGCUACGUCUUUUGAAGUCACUAUAAGCUGAUAUUAUGCAUGUUUGCAGAGCAGACUCUUUUUUUGGUUUCCUUUUAUAGAGAACUUGUUCAAAGUGCUGAGACAGACAUGGAAAUGAAACAACACAGAAUGAUGAUGGGGAAGAGAUGGUCUUUCUUGGCAUUUUUCUUGUUUGUCCAUGCACAUGAGAUAGUUGGCCUAUCUGAAAGCACCAUUAUCAAGAAGGAAGCAGUUCAUGCUGUCCCUGGUAGCAACGUGACCCUUAUGUGCACCAUCCUGAAAGAAUCUGGGAUCCACAUAACACAGACACAAUGGUCAAAGAUUGAAGAUGGACAACACAGAACAAUAGCUGUUCAUCACCCUCUGUAUGGAAUUCAAUACUUACCAUUACCUUUGGCUACUUACAGUUACACAGUAGUUUUCAAUAAGAAUCCUUACUACUGUUGGGAAAAUGGUAACAAGACUUCCAGUUCCCACAGACCUCCAACAAACUCCUUGGAAUGCAACCAGUGGAUUCUGCAUUUUCACAAUGUUAGUCUUUCACUCAGUGGGCUGUAUGAGUGCAGCUUUACUACCUUCCCAGCUGGGCUGAAGACUGCAGAAAUUAACCUCACAGUAAAAGCAGAAGAGGAGCAACAUUAUGUGAAGAAAACCCUGUUAAACCAGACUUUGACAAUCCCAUGUCAUGAGAAUGCGAUCUCUGGUAACUGGCCCUUUGAGUGGGUAGUGAGAGAUAAUGGAAGUCAAGUAAAACUGAUAACCAAAAGUUCAUACCAGCAUGAAGCAAAAAAGACCAAUAACUUGUUGUACAAAGACAGAAUUCAUCUGGGUCCAGAAAAUGCACUGCAGAUUUCCCCGCUCAAAACUAUUGAUGAUGGCAAGGCCUUCUCGUGCCUCGUGACGUACCAUCCAGAGAGAAUUGUGAAGAGAACCACCAAGGUGAAAGUGUUUGCCAUACCCGAAAUAUCUGUCACCUCCCAAAGUAACUCCAUUGGCACCUUGCAGGAGGCUAACCUUACCUGCGUUGUAAAGAAGGCUUUUCCCAAGCCAAACCUUGUGUGGUAUGUGGAUGGAGACAUUGUUAAAGACCAAUUUGGAGGCAUAUCUAUUGAAGUGGAAGAAUCAAAGGAGAGUGGUGGUUUCUAUGAACUCACGUCACUGCUGACGAUACAAAGUACCAAUCAGUCAGAGACUAAACAGACUGCCUGGUGUACCUGUGAGUUUCCCUUCCCUUGGAAUGAAACACGGGAUAUUUCAUCUGAAGAAAUUGUUGUUUAUUUUGACCGUAUAGGCAACGGACCAUCUAAAGCUCUUACUCCUGUGGCUACAGAAGACCCUGGUGUAUCAAUACUUUCAUCAGCCAUGAGGACCACCACAGGUCUUGAAACACAAACUUCAGCCUCCCUAGAUUUCACAAGUCAAGUAACUUCAGCACCUAUUUUCACAUUGCAAGGCCAGCUUAAUCCUACAACAGACACACAAGGUCAUGGCAAUUCUACAUCUUCAAGCGAGACGGCAACACCCUCCAGAAGAAAUGCCUCUACUGCAACCCAACAAAGCUUCAUGAGUAUGACCCAUCCUAGUCAAAAUAUAACCCCACCUCAUGGUAAUUUAUCCUCCACCACAGUAGCCAGCCUAACUUCAUUUACUAGAUGGGAAAACCUAUCUACAAUAAAGAAUUCGGACAAUAAUAUGGGCACUGUGAAGAAUAACAGCAAUAACCAGUUCCCUUGGCCAGCGGUUAUGACAAUUCUACUUCUGUUUUGUACUUUUAUAAUAAUUUUAGGGGUCAGAAAAUGGUGUCAGUACCAAAGAGAAAUUAUGAACAGACCUCCAUCUUUCAAGCCACCACCACCUCCAAUAAAGUAUAUGUCCAUGCAAGACUCAGAUGGAAGUACACCAACCUGCCAUGAACUGGAAACCCUGUAACAGUCUUUGUAUAGUGUCACAGUACAAUACUGAAUCUCUUACGCUUCAGAAAAUUCCUUGCAGGAGUUGUGUCCAUGACCCAUUUUCAACUGAUGGGAGAAUCAGAAGCAAAGCACUCCUGAGUAUACUUAUCUCAUCCCUUUUAGAUGUGCAAUAUAAGUUGACAGACUGAAGUCUAACUGUAGCAUGUUGGAUAUUACAACUGCUGAACUGGAAAUGGAUGAUCAACUGGGAAUUUACUUUCUUAAUUAAGGGAGUAGAUCAGUUUUUGUGUCACUUUAUCAGUCUGUAUAGAAAAAAAUGUUCAAAACCUUUUUGUUCCAAUAUGCCUAUAAUCUUGAUACCUUUUUAAGCAUAUCUCAGCUGCAAUUACUCUAACAGCCUUAGCAAAAGUUCACAAGUACAAUGCCUUUAUAAUUUUUACAAUAUAAAAAUUGAUAGAGGAUUAUGCACCUGGGUCAGAGUAGUCAAAUCUGAAAUAUAUUAUUAGCAUGCAUGUGGGGAAGUAUUGUACAUCUUUCAUCACUGACAUCUGACAUGGACUCAAAUGAAAAGUCUGAAGGCUGCUCUUCAGUCCUGAUUAUAUCUGCUGAGGCCUGGCUGUAUUGUGUGAGAAUGCCAGGAGGAGGAGAUGUCAGGGUGUUUAGGAAUUCAGUGGAAGGGAGACCUGAGGACUCAAAUGUAUAUUAAUCCAAAGGGAUGAUGACAGAAAUAACAACUGCUUCUAAGGAUAUUAGCAGUUUGGGGGAGGGGAAAAAACUGUUCAUAGAAAAAGUUGCUUCAAUUUUCUUGAAUUCAUUUCCAUCAUAAUAGGAGUUGAGGUGAGAGGCCCGGGUUGGCUGCUAAACAUUAGCCAGAUCCUUUUGUGCUUGAGUUCUAUUUAUUUUAAACAUUGAAAGAUAGUUUACACACUGGAAAAUAAGUUUGAUUGGAAAUGUUCCAGUAAUGUUAUAGAAAUGUCAUUGAGAUUAAUAAUAAUACUUCAUGAGGAUCCAAAUCCACAAAAAAUGUGAUUGUGUGAGAUUUGGCAAUGAAGUUCUGGUCUAAUGAAGGGAUAUCACCAAAACUUCCUUGUGUGUACGUAUAUAUAUCACAUCUAUAGUCAGAUUGGAAGAGGAGUAGCAAGAUACUGUAAUGGGUUACAGAUAAUACUAUGUUCCUUGUGGCAUUUAGUGACAAGUGUUAAAAAGGAAACAAAAUGUAAUAUGGCAUCUUGAAAAGUCUGUUGAAAAGUUAUGUUCUUAAUGAUCUAUUGCCAGAUGAACUUUAAAUCCAUUAUUUCUUUAACAGAAUCGGAGGUGUUUAUAGCAAACAUUUUCUUCACAAAGUACUGUAAAAGUAUUACACCCCGGAAGAGCAUCACUUUUUUACAAAUAUAAAUCUACCUGUAGUGUAGUACAUGAUGGAGCUGAGCUGUUAAUUCUCCAUUUACAUGAUAAUUCAAGGGGAAAAGAUUGAGGAGGCUACAGAAAGGAAAAUAAGAACUGAAAUCAGAAUUGAGCUAGAAUGCUGUUGUAAACUUUGAAAGGUCUCAGUCAGAGGAAGAUUUUUGUCUGGAUUCAGAGGGAAGUUGGUGACCUUCUUAAUUGACCUAAACAUUUAUUUUACCGCUGGUGUCUUUGGAAGUUUGAGCCCAAACCUAAGGAUUUUAGGGU